AUGAAUUUAAAGCUCAUCUACGCAUACGUCUGCGUGACGUUGCUCAUUUCGCGCGGCGCGUUAGCGGCGUACGCUCCGACGGGAUGUACGUUCUCAGAAAAGGGAAAUAACAAGGCGACGUGUGACUUUAGGAACUGGGAACCACCCCUGAUUGAAAAGGAUUUCGGCCCCGGGGACGUGAUUUCCAUUACGGUGGAAAAAGUGGAUGGGACAAUACCCUCACUGGCUUUUUCUGGGAUCGACAACAACAAAAAUAUUAGUAGAGGAGUGACGGCGGAGCUUACGUUCAAAUGCGACCUUGAAAACAUUCAGCUCUCUGACAAUGUAUUCACCAUCGCUCUAAGCUAUAUCGAAAAGUUGACAUUCGAAAGCUGCUAUGUUCAAAAUGGUAUUUCCAGCUUCAUGCUGUCCAAUCUGACUUCGCUUGAAGAGCUCACCGUUGAUGGCGGCAUAAUUGGCCCUCUGACGUCAGACAGUUUUUCCGGUCUUUCCAACCUCAAGCGUCUGAUCAUCCGUGCGGACUUCCUGGACACCAACAUUCCUUCCGGUUUGUUUUCGGGCAUCCAGACGCUUGAAGAGAUUGACUUGAGUUCCUCUGGAAUUUCAAGUAUGGCAGCGGACACUUUUACCGGACUCGAAUACCUUGAAACGCUUGAUUUAUCGGGCAACUCGCUGACGUCACUUCCGGAAGGCUUAUUCCAGUCGCUUAAAUCUUUGACGAGUAUCGAACUGGGAACCAACGCCUGGCUUUGUACGUGCGACCUUGCGUGGCUGGCCACGUGGUCUUUAUACACGGACGUGAAUAUUGACGUUACGUGUACGUCACCAGCUUCGUACGCCGGACUGACGUUGGGUAGAGCCGUCGCCGUACUUGGAUGUGUGGACUCCGUGCAGACUGUCACAACUUCUAGUGAAGACGCAGGAUCUUCGUCUAGCUCAGACCAAGACGAUGCGCAUGCGCGAGAGCUGUCUUACAUCGCCUUGGGAGUUGCGGGUUUUGCGUCUCUCGUGGCCCUUGUGACGUCAUUAGCCCUCUGUGCGACGUGCAACAAGCUCAAGAACAUGACGCCAAACACGUCAAACACAAAAUACAACUUGAAUACGAGACGCGACGUGACGUCACGGCCCCCUUCCUACAGAUCGACGGUGAAGACGCCAAUCAGUACGCCACGUGACAAUAAAGUGGAGCCUUAUGUUGACGUCCGUUACAGGGUGUAG